AUGGUUUUGGUCAUUGUUGUUCCUAUUCAAAUUGGCGGGCUAUUGGUGCCGGAGUUGUUCCCAUUUCAUAUCACCUACUUCAAUUGUGGUGCAAAGGGCAUAUCAUUUUGGCAAGCGUCACGAAACUAUGUCGAUUCGGUUUCUCAUGCUCUUCUUCUGACGUUUCUCAUUGAUAACACUAAGACACUUGUAUACCUUGAGUGGUUAGUGAAGAAGGUAACCCGGUAUUCCUUUGUCACUACUGGACAUGCUCUAGGCUUGUCAGAUUCGUUGAGUAUCUGGCCCGUUGGUGCAUCUGGACAUGAUGAUAUUGGGAGUAGUGUCGCACCAGAAGACCAGUAUGAUAGGAUCAGUGAAGCUAAGGAUGGAAGGAGAUCAGUUGCAGUUGCUACAAUCCUAAGUCUGAUGCUUGCAUGGUUGACUAUUGUGAUAUUCAAUUUGGCUGUGCUCAUUUUUCCAAUCUCAAUUGGGCAUGCCAUCACUCGGCUGCCACUAGCAGGUGGACUGAAAUCCGAUGACAUGCUUGCUUUGGCUAUUGGAUUUGGCACCAUAUCAACUGUCAUUGCCGCCUCUAGAGAUUCAUUUGCCUACAUGACUUCUGGGAGAACACACCUUCUAGUCCUGAAUCGCUAUCUGGUUGUGUUCUUAUGGCUUGUCAUCGCUCCUUUCCUGACCGGGCUGCUGGUUGAUCUAUCACUAAUAUCACCAUUCACUGGGCUUGAUGAUGACGUUCCAGUUGUAGGCCUUUCCUACUAUUGGAGCCUGGGGUGUCUAUCUCUGAAAAUCUGGGGGAAGCAGGCUCGUCGGACAAGGGCCAGAUGCUUGCGAGCCUAUUUCAUCGACGAAAGGUGGGGCCCAAAGCUUAAUCAGGCAAAGGCAGAUUGGGAUUCAGGGAUCACACCAAUGUGGUGGUUCUUGCAAGAUGUGUGUGUGCCUAUCGUCACGAAGCUAAUCGCUGCUCUGGGUGUUCCCUAUGUGCUUGCCAAGGGGGUCUUCCCGAGAUUCGGGUACUCCAUCGCCAUGAACUCGUCGGUGUACCGUUUCGUUCCAUGA